AUGUUUUGUAUAAUUCAUUUUGGGAAUCCAAAGAAUGAUAAAUUCUUAGGAUCAUCUACUUUAUAUUCUCAAAAGCUUAAAACCAAUAAUAUAAAAAUCUUAUGUUUACAAGUGUUUUAUUAUAAUAUAUACGAAUCAACAAAUAAUAAUAAUAAUAAUAAAAAUAAAAAUAAAACUUUAUUAUUAAAUAACAUUAGAACAUACUCAACUUUAUCUAAAGGAGCUUUAUCAACUACAACAACAGCCACAACAAAAAAAAUGUCAAUGGACGAUAGUUUUGAAUUACCAACAAACUUAAACCACUUUUUGAGCUAUGUACCAAGUUUAGAGUAUCAUAUGCAUAAGGGACAGUGCGGACGUAUCGGUGUCUUUGGUGGCAGUGCAGAGUACACAGGUGCACCUUUCUUUGCUGGCAUUACUUCACUCAGACUCGGUGCUGACAUUGUUCACAUAUUCGCACCAUCAGAGGGUGGAACGGCAACCGCUAUCAAAACACUCUCUCCAGAGUUAAUAGUACAUCCACUUGAUCAACAAAUGGAUCCAUCAACUAUUAUUCCAUGGUUGCUCUCUAUACAUGUAUUGAUUAUUGGUCCAGGUUUAGGUAGAUCAUCAAUCGCUUGGAAGUCUGCUAAAGAGGUGAUCAAGGCUGCUAGAAAUAUAAAUUUGCCAAUGGUGUUGGAUGGUGAUGCUCUUCGUUUGAUUUGUGAAGAUUUAGAGUUGGUAAAAGGUUAUGAUAAAGUCAUUUUAACACCAAACUUUGUCGAGUAUAGAGCACUCUCUGACGCUGCCAAAAAAUUGAACAACGAUAACUCCAAUAAUAUCUUAUCACCAUCAGAUUUAGCUAAAGCACUUGGAAAUGUUGUUAUUGUACAGAAAGGACAAGAAGAUAUAAUUACAGACGGAACUAUCAGCUAUUCUUGUGAUAAAGCUGGUAUGCCAAGGCGAUGUGGAGGUCAGGGUGAUGUGUUGGCCGGUGUCAUUGGAACAUUCUAUGCUUGGACACAGAAUGCUUUGAAAGGCAAGACCUCGGAGGAGCUAGAGCAUCUUAAGGAGAGUAUCGGUGAAAACCAAUCGGCAGCAGCCAGUGCAGCCUAUGCCGGAUGUGUUUUGGUGAGAUACGCAGCGAAAUUAGCAUUCAAAAACAAUCGUCGUUCCACAAUCACCGAUGACAUUAUCAAGAGUGUUCCAAACGCUUUGGUAUGGGGUUUCCUCACCGACGAUAGAGGUAGACCAACCAUUUAA